AUGACGAAUCCCAGGCCGUGCUCAUGGCAAGGUGUGGUCUGCACCAACGGGAGGGUCACAGCGCUGCACUUGCCCCGUAUGGGACUCUCCGGGAAGCUUCCGGCGGGUUUGGGGAACCUGACGAAGCUUCAAACGCUUUCCCUCCGGUUCAACGCUCUGACAGGACCAAUUCCCGUUGAUCUGGGGAACCUAGCUCAUUUGGACACUCUCACCUUGGAGCACAACGGGUUCACCGGCUCAGUCCCUGACUUCAGUGCUCCCCCUCUGACUCACUUCAACGUGUCGUAUAAUCACUUAAAUGGGUCAAUUCCAAAAAGAUUUUGGCGUUUGGACAAAAGCGCUUUUGAGGGAAAUUUGCUCUGCGGUGUUCCCCUGCAACCUUGCCCUGGUAGCAACAAUGGCAGCAAGGACAAAACAAGGAAGAGUGGGAAAUUGUCUAAGCUCAUACUGAUACUGGGUAUUGUGAUUGUUUCUUUGUUUGGCGCGUUGAUUCUGCUCCUUUUGUUCUGCUUGGGUAGAAAAACAAGGCAGAGUGGUGAUUCCUCUAAUGCUGAAGCUUCAGAGCACGUUGAGGCUAUUGGGGAUGGUGGCAGCGCCGUGAGUGAUUCAGCAUCAGCAUCACCAAGGAUGGAGAAUAUUUUGGUGUUUUUUGGGAAUACUGAGAUUGGGAGUACUUUAAGUUUUGAUGAGUUGAUGGAUGGUACUGCUGUUGCUUUGGGGAUAGGAACGUUUGGAAUCACUUAUCGUAUGAUGAGGAGGAGCCUGUGCAAUGGGAAGCUUAUAUGCUCUGUUACAUGGUGA